GGCCAGGUGGCCUUGGAACAUCACUAGCAUUCUCAGAGCCUCGGUUUGUACAUCUGUGCAAUGGGAACGGUGGAGCUCUGACCAGGACCCAGUGAGCUGACACGUGGACCAGGGUUGUCAGGCAUCGUGUGUCAAUUGUGGCUGUUUUACAGGAAGAGGAGGAUGGCAGGGCCACAUCCCAGCCCGUGGACCAGGCUGCUGCUGGCAGCCCUGCUGAGCAUCAGCUUCCCCGGGGCCAUGGCGAACCGCUGCAAGAAGGCCCAGGUGGAGAGCUGCACGGAGUGCAUCCGCGUGGACAAGGACUGCGCCUACUGCACGGACGAGGUAUUCAAGGAACGGCGCUGCAACACCCAGGCCGAGCUGCUGGCUGCCGGCUGCCGGCUGGAGAGUGUGGUGGUCAUGAAGAGCAGCUUUGAAAUCACGGAGGAAAGGCAGAUCGACACUACCCUGCGGCGCAGCCAGGUGGCCCCCCAGGCGCUGCGGGCGCGGCUGCGGCCGGGCGAGGAGUGGCGCUUCGAGCUGCAGGUGUUCGAGCCCCUGGAGAGCCCCAUGGACCUGUAUAUCCUCAUGGACUUUUCCAACUCCAUGUCUGACGAUCUGGACAACCUCAAGAAGAUGGGGCAGGACCUGGCUCAGGUCUUGAGGCAGCUCACCAGCGACUACACAAUAGGAUUUGGCAAGUUCGUGGACAAAGUCAGCGUCCCUCAGACGGACAUGAGGCCUGAGAAGCUGAAGGAGCCCUGGCCCAACAGCGACCCCCCCUUCUCCUUCAAGAAUGUCAUCAGCCUGACGGAAGACGUGGAGGAGUUCCGGAAUAAGCUGAAGGGGGAGCGCAUCUCAGGCAACCUGGACGCCCCCGAAGGAGGUUUCGACGCCAUCCUGCAGACGGCCGUGUGCACUAGGGACAUCGGCUGGCGCCCCGACAGCACCCACUUGCUGGUUUUCUCCACCGAGUCGGCCUUCCACUACGAGGCCGACGGGGCCAACGUGCUGGCCGGCAUCAUGAGGCGUAAUGACGAGGAGUGCCACCUGGACCCCACGGGCACCUACACCCAGUACAAGAUGCAGGACUACCCGUCGGUGCCCACCCUGGUGCGCCUGCUCGGCCAACACAACAUCAUCCCCAUCUUCGCCGUCACCAACUACUCCUAUAGCUACUACGAGAGGCUGUCAUCGUAUUUCCCUGUCUCUUCGCUGGGGGUGCUGCAGGAGGACUCGUCCAACAUCGUGGAUCUGCUGCAGGAAGCCUUCAACCGCAUCCGCUCCAACCUGGACAUUCGGGCCCUGGACAGUCCUCGAGGCCUGCGGACAGAGGUCACCUCUAGGAUGUUCCAGAAGACGGACACGGGGUCCUUUUUCAUCCGGCGAGGGGAAGUGGGCACAUACCAAGUGCAGCUGCGGGCCAUCGAGGACUUGGAUGGGGCUCAUGCAUGCCAGCUGCCAGAGGCGGACCAGAAGGGCACCAUCCAUCUGAAGCCAUCCUUCUCCAAUGGCCUCAGGAUGGAUGUGGGCAUCAUCUGUGAUGUGUGCUCCUGUGAGCUGCAAAAAGAGGAGCGGUCAUCUCGCUGCAACUUCCACGGGGACUUCAUGUGUGGACACUGUGUGUGUCACGAGGGCUGGAGUGGCAAGACCUGUAACUGCUCCACCGGCUCCCAGAGCGACCUGCAGCCCUGCCAGCGGGAGGGCGAGGACAAGGCGUGCUCUGGGCGUGGCGAGUGCCAGUGUGGCCACUGUGUGUGUUAUGGCGAAGGCCGCUACGAGGGUCAGUUCUGCGAGUACGACAACUUCCAGUGCCCCCGCACCUCCGGCUUCCUCUGCAAUGACCGGGGACGCUGCUCCAUGGGUCAGUGUGUGUGUGAGCCCGGCUGGACAGGUCUGAGCUGUGACUGUCCUCUCAGCAACGCCACCUGCAUCGACAGUAACGGGGGUCUCUGUAACGGGCGGGGCUACUGCGAGUGCGGCCGCUGCCACUGCAACCAACAGUCGCUCUACACGGACACCGUCUGUGAGAUCAACUACUCUGCGAUCCGCCUGGGCCUCUGCGAGGACCUGCGCUCCUGCGUGCAGUGCCAGGCGUGGGGCACCGGUGAGAAGAAGGGGCGCACGUGCGAGGAGUGCAGCUUCAAGGUCAAGAUGGUGGAUGAGCUUAAGAAAGCGGAGGAGGUGGUGGAGCACUGCUCCUUCCGGGACGAGGAUGACGACUGUACCUACAGUUACACCGUGGAGGGUGACGGCGCCCCCGGGCCCAACAGCACUGUCCUGGUGCAGAGGAGGAAGGAAUGCCCCCCGGGCACCUUCUGGUGGCUCAUCCCCCUGCUCAUCUUCCUCCUCCUGUUCCUGGUCCUGCUGCUGCUGCUCUGUUGGAAGUACUGCGCCUGCUGCAAGGCCUGCCUGGCCCUUCUCCCUUGCUGCAACCGAGGCCACAUGGUGGGCUUCAAGGAAGACCACUACAUGCUGCGCGAGAACCUGAUGGCCUCAGACCACCUGGACACGCCCUUGCUGCGCAGCGGGAACCUCAAGGGGCGUGACACGGUCCGGUGGAAGAUCACCAACAACGUGCAGAGGCCCGGCUUCGCCUCGCACGCUGCGGGCAUCAACCCCUCGGAGCUGGUGCCUUACGGACUGUCCCUGCGGCUCGCCCGCCUCUGCACCGAGAACCUGCUGAAACCUGGCACUCGAGAAUGCGACCAGCUGCGCCAGGAGGUGGAGGAGAAUCUGAACGAGGUGUACCGACAAAUCACAGGCGCACACAGCCUCCAGCAGACCAAGUUCCGGCAGCAGCCCAACGCCGGGAAAAAACAGGACCACACCAUUGUGGACACCGUGCUGAUGGCUCCCCGCUCGGCCAAGCAGGCCCUGCUGAAGCUGACGGAGAAGCACGUGGAGCAGGGGGCCUUCCAUGAGCUCAAGGUGGCCCCCGGCUAUUACACGCUCACUGCAGACCAGGACGCCCGGGGCAUGGUGGAGUUCCAGGAGGGCGUGGAGCUGGUGGACGUGCGGGUGCCUCUGUUUAUCCGGCCCGAGGACGACGAUGAGAAACAGUUGCUGGUGGAGGCCAUCGACGUGCCCGUGGGCACCGCCACCCUUGGCCGCCGCCUGGUCAACAUCACCAUCAUCAAGGAGCAAGCCAGUGGGAUCGUGUCCUUUGAGCAGCCCGAGUACUUGAUCAGCAGCGGGGAGCAUGUGGCCUGCAUCCCCGUGGUCCGGCGCAUCCUGGACAGUGGCAAGUCACAGGUCUCCUACCGCACGCAGGACAACACCGCCAAGGGCAACCGGGACUACAUCCCUGUGGAGGGUGAGCUGCUGUUCCAACCUGGGGAGACCUGGAAGGAGCUGCAGGUGAAGCUCCUGGAGCUGCAGGAGAUGGACUCCCUCCUGCGGGGCCCCCAGACCCGCCGCUUCUACAUUCAACUCAGCAACCCCAAGUUCGGGGCCCGCCUGGGCCAGCCGCAGUCUGCCACUGUCAUCAUUGGGGACCGAGACGAGCUGGACCGGAGCAUAAUGAACCAGACCGUGUCAUCACCCCCACCACCCCGGGGCGACCUGGGUGCCCCACAGAACCCCAAUGCUAAGGCUGCUGGGUCCCGGAAGAUCCACUUCAACUGGCUGCCGCCUCCUGGCAAGCCGACAGGGUACCGGGUGAAGUACUGGAUCCAGGGUGACCCUGAGUCCGAAGCCCACCUGCUCGACAGCAAGGCGCCCUCGGUGGAGCUCACCAACCUGUACCCGUACUGCGACUACGAGAUGAAGGUGUGCGCCUACGGGGCUCAGGGCGAGGGCCCCUACAGCUCUCCGGUGUCCUGUCGCACCCACCAGGAAGUGCCCAGCGAGCCCGGGCGUCUGGCCUUCAACGUCGUCUCCUCCACUGUGACCCAGCUGAGCUGGGCCGAGCCAGCCGAGACCAACGGCGAGAUCACAGCCUAUGAGGUCUGCUACGGCCUGGUCAAUGAGGACAACCGACCCAUCGGGCCCAUGAAGAAGGUGCUGGUGGACGGCCCCAAGAAGCGGACGCUGCUCAUCGAGAACCUGCGCGAGUCCCAGCCGUACCGCUACACGGUCAAGGCUCGCAACGGAGCAGGCUGGGGGCCUGAGCGGGAGGCCAUCAUCAACCUUGCCACCCAGCCCAAGCGACCCAUGUCUAUCCCCAUCAUCCCUGACAUCCCCAUCGUGGACGCCCAGAGUGGGGAGGACUACGAGAGCUUCCUCAUGUACAGCGAUGACGUGCUCCGCUCCCCAGCUGGCAGCCAGAGGCCCAGCGUCUCUGAUGACACCGAGCACCUGGUGAACGGGCGGAUGGACUUUGCCUUCCCCGGCAGCGCCAACUCCCUGCACAGGAUGACCGUGAGCACUGCGGCCCACGGCACCCACCUGAGCCCGCAGCUACCCCACCGCAUGCUGAGCACCUCGUCCACCCUCACGCGGGACUACCACUCGCUGACCCGCACGGAGCACUCACACUCGGCCACGCUGCCCAGGGACUACUCCACCCUCACCUCCCUGUCCUCCCAGAGCCUCCCUCCCAUCUGGGAACACGGGAGGAGCAGGCUUCCGCUGUCCUGGGCCCUGGGGUCCCGGAGUCGGGCUCAGAUGAAGGGGGCCCCCCGCUCCGGGGACUUGAGAGACUCUAUAAUCCUGGCUGGGCAGCCAGCAGCGCCCUCUUGGGGCCCAGGCUCCCGCCUGGCUGCGGGUGUGCCCAACACACCCACCCGCCUGGUGUUCUCCGCCCUCGGACCCACGUCUCUGAAAGUUAGCUGGCAGGAGCCGCAGUGUGAGCGUGCGCUACAGGGCUACAGCGUGGAGUACCAGCUGCUGAACGGCGGUGAGCUGUAUCGCCUCAACAUCCCCAACCCCAGCCAGACCUCGGUGGUGGUGGAGGACCUCCUGCCCAACCAUUCCUACGUGUUCCGCGUGCGGGCCCAGAGCCAGCAGGGCUGGGGCCCAGAGCGCGAGGGCGUCAUCACCAUCGAGUCGCAGGUGCAUCCGCAGAGCCCGCUCUGCCCCCUGCCCGGCUCCGCCUUCACCUUGAGCACGCCCAGCGCCCCCGGCCCACUGGUGUUCACGGCCCUGAGCCCCGACUCUCUGCAGCUGAGCUGGGAGCGGCCCCGAAGGCCGGACGGCGACAUUCUGGGCUACCUGGUGACGUGUGAGGUGGCCCACGGAGGAGAGCCAGCCACCACGUUCCUGGUGGACGGCGACAGCCCCGAGAGCCGGCUGACCGUGCCCGGUCUCAGCGAGAACGUGCCCUACAAGUUCAAGGUGCAGGCCAAGACCACCCAAGGCUUCGGGCCGGAGCGCGAGGGGAUCAUCACCAUCGAGUCCCAGGAUGGAGGACCCUUCCCCCAGCUGGGCGGCCACUCGGGGCUCUUCCAGCACCCAGUGUCAGGGGAAUACAGCAGCAUCACCACCCACUCCAGCACCACUGAGCCCUUCCUACUGGAUGGACUCACCCUGGGCUCCCAGCACCUGGAAGCAAGUGGCUCCCUCACGCGGCACGUGACACAGGAGUUUGUGAGCCGGACGCUGACCACCAGUGGGACCCUCAGCACCCACGUGGACCAACAGUUCUUCCAGACCUGAGCCCCCCGCCGCACCCCCUCCCCCAGGCGCUGCCUCAGCUACUCCAUCCUUGGACCCCUGGUGGCCCAGCGCACCCGCAUGCUUAUCACAGGGCCGCUGCCUCUGGCUGUGUCCUCUUGGCGGCAUGGAGGGGGCAGAGGUCCCGGAAGGCCCCUCUGGCUGCCCCCUUGCCCCAGGCCCGAGCCCCUUUGUAACCAAAGAGCUGGACCCAGCAUGACAAGGACCUGGCUUUGUUCUGCACUAUAAUAAAGCAUUUUGCUACCGC